AAAACACGCAUUAAGACAGAACACAACAGAGUAGAGAUACACCGACUCUAAUUCCCAAAUGGCUAAUCAAAGCAUGAGAACUAACGAAAUAGUUCAUGAGAUCGAAAGCAUGAUUCGAAUUUACAAAGACGGAUCAGUAGAAAGAUUAAUAGGUUGCGAAGUCGUUCCACCAUCGAUUGAUCCCCAAACCGGCGUCCAAUCCAAGGACGUCAUCAUCUCCCCUGAAAACGCCAUUUCCGCCCGCCUAUACAUACCCAAAGCACAACCUGACCCAUCGACUCACAAAUCGAAACUACCUCUCCUAAUCUAUUUCCACGGCGGCGCUUUCUGCAUAGAAACCGCCUUCUCUCCCACAUAUCAUAACUACAUCAACUCCCUUGUGUCCGCAGCCAAUAUCGUCGCAAUCUCGGUUGACUACAGAAGAGCGCCCGAGCACCCAUUGCCGACCGCGUUUGAAGAUUCAUGGGAAGCUGUCAAAUGGGCUGUGAGCGCCGAAGACGAAUGGGUGAAAAACUUUGCGGAUCUGGAACGUGUUUUCUUCGCCGGCGACAGCGCCGGCGCGAAUAUAGCGUACCGUAUGGGUAUAAGAGUUGGGUUGGAAGGGUUAUCAUCAUCGGGAGCAAAGUUGGUGGGUAAUAUUCUUGUCCACCCGUUUUUUGGAGGAGAGGAACCGAUUGGAUCCGAAACGGAAAACCCUUAUUCGGAAACAUUUGAGAAAAUGUGGCGAAUCGCUUGCCCGACGGUGACAUCGUUGGAUGAUCCGAUGAUAAACCCUAGUAUGGAUCCGAACAUUGAAAAGAUGGGUUGCGAGAGGGUGUUGGUUUGUGUGGCGGAGAAAGACUGGUUGAAGGAUAGAGGUUGGUAUUUCUAUGAAGAGUUGAAAAGAAGUAAUUGGAAAGGGAAGGUGGAGAUUGUUGAAACGGCUGGAGAGGUUCAUGUCUUCCAUUUACAUAAUCCAACAAGUGAUAAUGCUUUGGCUUUUAUCAAACUGUUUGUUUCAUUCUUCAAUGAGGCAGUCAAAGCUAAUAUGUAACCAGAUUCUCCAAGUUUAAUAUUGUAAUGGAAUUAAGUAAUUUACAACAAACAACCAAUUAUUGGGUAACUUUUAUUCAUAGAUAUUU